AUGGCUUCAUCAUCACCUUUUACUCCCCCUACCUCUGCUCCGUCAUCACAGACCCAGGAGCUAGCGCAGAUUGAGCUCCAGGACCGGUUAAACCACCACAGCAUCAAGGCCCUCCACUACAUGCGAAGCCAGUGGCCUCAGAAUACAUCAAAGGCGUAUGUUAACAAGCAGAAGGAAUGGCAGAGCUUCUGCAAAAAUCAGGGCUUCCCAGACGGCGAAUUGGUCACAGAGAAGAAGCUUGUCUACUUUCUCGAUACUGAGGUCCUAAACCGGCCCCUCCGGUCCUGUCAUCACAAAAAAGACCGCACUCGGCAGGAUAGAUCGAAGGUUGCGCAAACCCUAGGGACCAAUUCGAUCACGCAGUAUGUCAGUGCUAUUGUGGACCUCUGGAAGUUCCAGAAAAGCAUUGGGACCAAUAGCUCCCCUAACCCCCGUGGAUAUACUGGUUCAGCCUUGAUGACCGGCCGACUACAUAAGGAAAGCGAGAGAAAGCGCGAGCAGUAUCUUGACCGAGCCGCAGGCACCCUGCAGGAUGGGUAUUCUCGGGACAAGAUCAAGGACUUUAUACGGUACUGCUGGCAAGGAUGGAGGUCAAAAGAUCUCAAGCAUCGAAAGCCUCAGGCCCAAGAGUCCUAUCUUCGCACCGCCGUGGAUUUUCUCUUCAGUCACAAUAUGCUCCUUCGUGGAGAAUCGCGCCGGUGCCUCCAGUUUCCUGACCUGUUUACUAUCUCCAUGCCUAACGAAGGCCCGACCCCCUGUUGGCCAAUGAUUAUGAUUAUGGACAACGGAAAGACCAACCAGUUUGGUCGCUUGCAGUAUAUGGGAGUAAUGCGCCAUCAGGAUCCACUCCUGUGUACGAUGAGCCAGGCAGCCUUCUAUCUCUUCUAUCGCUGGCAGAUAGUAGGAGAGUCGCCCCCGCAGUUUCGGAGCCGACCGCAGUGGUACAAUUUCCACUUCUUCAAAGGCUCGGAUCGAGACAAGCCUAUCUCGUACGAGAGCCAGCUGAAAUGGGCUAACGAGGUCUACGAGGCGAUCAAUCUCUCCACCGCUAAGAAAACCCAUGCUGGCCGAGCCCAGGGGUCAAAACAGGCCGAGCUAGAAGGCGUGGAAGAGAACCAGAUCCGCCGCGCUGGUCAAUGGAAUCAGGAUGCGAUGACGAACUGCUACCUCACGCAUCUGCCGCGGAAAUUCCUUCGUUCAAUGGCUGGUCAUCAGCCUGAUGCAAUUGGGAACUACCGUCUUCCGUGGGCAAAGGUACAGCCCCCAGACUCCCUUAUACGAGCUCUCUGGCCAUGGAUCGACCAGUGGCUUGCCUGGUUCCAGUCCAAUGAUCCUACGAAUGAGCCACCUAGCGGGUCUACUACUCCGUCCUUGGAACAGGAAGACCGAGAUGAUAUGGCGGCCCAAGGCUUUCUGCAGCUACUGAGUCAACUACGGAUUGUUCUCCUCCAGGACUCGGUUCUCCUGCAGGCGGAGUUCCCCGGGCAUUCAAUGGGGGAGGACCCUGUUUUUGCCCGAGAAGACUAUAAGAUAUUUGCAGGGCAAGUACGGCAAUCCCUUGUUUCUACGGAGACCCCCCAGGAGAUUCAGCUGCGACAGACGCUUCCCAUCAUCGCCGACCGUCUUAGUAUCCUUCAAAAAGAUAUCCAUCAGGCGGUUGAUCUUCAUGGUUCUCAGACUCAUGAACAGCUUGGAAAUAUUUCUCGCCAGCUUCAUGAUCUCCUUUAUGGUCAGGUUACUUUUGCCGUACGAGCUAUGGAUGCCUCUUAUCACCGAAGCGCGGACACCAGACUCAGAGGCAUCCAUAGCUCGUACGGCAAAAGUAACCUGACCAGAAAGGAGAUCAUGAAGAUCAACCGCCUGAUGGAUAUCUUUUUGAAGGAUACUAAGACGGUCGGCGAUGAUGGGAAGCGUCUGUCGCAGCUGAAUCUCCUGGGGGUCUCCGUAGAAACAAGGGAUUGCCGUACUUGCCCUGCAAAUAUCUUAUAG